AUGACGCCCGUCCGCUUUGUGCUGGCUCUGCUCUUAGGGGCGCUCCCCGAAGUGGUCACCUCUGAUCCGGCCCUGGGCUAUCCCCUCCAUUACCGCCAUCGGCCCCCGGCGGGUCCCCAGUUUCCUCACUACCUCUCCACCCCGCAGCGGCCGCUGAGGACGCCCCUGUCCCCGCUGGAGCCCCGGGCGCCGCGCCCGCUUGCCUUCCACGCGGGGCACGCGCCCCGGCCGCACCCCGGAGCCUGGCCCGCGGGCGGGCCCUGGGUCAACGUGACGGACUUUGGCGCCCCGUGCCUGCGCUGGGCGGACGUGCCGCCCUUCCUCGAGAGGUCGCCCCCGUCGGGCUGGGCUUCACUGCGGGGGCAGCGCCACAACUUCUGCCGGAGCCCCGACGGCGCGGGCCGGCCCUGGUGCUUCUACCUGAGCGUCCGCGGCCAGGCGGACUGGGGCUACUGCGACCCUGGACACGGCGCUGGCCCAGCCUCCCCCGUCCUGCGCCUCGUGGGGGGGAGCAGCGGGCACGAGGGCCGCGUGGAGCUCCGCCGAGCCGGCCAGUGGGGCACCGUCUGUGACGACCAGUGGGACGACGCUGACGCCGAGGUGGUCUGCAGGCAGCUGGGCCUCAGCGGCGUGGCCAGAGCGUGGACACAGGCCCACUUCGGGGAAGGGUCCGGCCCGGUGCUGCUGGACGAAGUGCGCUGCACAGGCAACGAGCUGUCCCUCGAGCAGUGUCCCAAGAGCGCCUGGGGCGAGCACAACUGUGGCCACAGAGAAGACGCCGGGGUGUCCUGCACCCCGCUGACUGAUGGGGUCCUCCGCCUGGCCGGGGGGAAGGACAGCCACGAGGGUCGCCUGGAGGUGUAUUACCGGGGACAGUGGGGCACCGUCUGUGGCGACGGCUGGACGGAGCUGAACACGCGUGUGGUGUGCCGGCAGCUGGGACUGAAGUCUGGCCGGCCAGCCUCCGCCACCCACUUUGAGGGGAGCGCAGGGCCCGCGUGGCUGGGGCACGUCCGCUGCUCAGGAAGGGAGACCAGCCUCCUGCAGUGCGCCAGGCCCCGGUGGGACUCGCACGACUGCAGCCACCCGGAGGGCGUCGGUGUCACCUGCUCCGCGGGCGGCGAGGGACACAGGCCGUCUCUGGGCUUCCCCGUCAGGCUGGUGGACGGAGAAGAUGAGAAGGAAGGCCGCGUGGAGGUUUUCAUCCGUGGCCAGUGGGGGACCAUCUGUGACGACGGGUGGACGGACAAGGACGCGGCUGUGACCUGCCGGCAGCUUGGCUACAGGGGCCCGGCCAGAGCCAGGGCCAUGGCUUACUUUGGGGAAGGAAAAGGACCCAUCCACAUGGAUAACGUGGAGUGCACGGGAGCCGAGAGGUCCCUGGCCGACUGCAUCAAACAAGAGAUCGGGAGACACAACUGUCGCCACAGUGAAGACGCAGGCGUUAUUUGUGAUUAUUUUGGCAAAAAAGCACCAGGUAACAGUAAUAAAGCGCCCCUCCCGGCCGUCUGCGGGCUCAGGCCGCUGCACCGGCGGCAGAAGCGGAUCAUUGGCGGGAAACACUCUUUAAGGGGCGGCUGGCCCUGGCAGGCGUCGCUCCGGCUCAAGUCGUCCCACGGAGACGGCAGGCUGCUCUGCGGGGCCACGCUCCUGAGCAGCUGCUGGGUGCUGACAGCCGCCCACUGCUUCAAGAGGUACGGGCACGGCCCGCGGAGCUACGCCGUCCGGGUCGGGGACUACCACACGCUGGUGCCCGAGGAGUUUGAGGAGGAAAUCGGGGUGGAGCAGAUCGUGGUUCACGGGGCGUACCGGCCCAACAGCAGCGACUACGACAUCGCCCUGGUGCGACUGCGGGGCCCCGGCGAGCGGUGCGCCCGGCUCAGCGGCCACGUCCUGCCCGCCUGCCUGCCGCUGUGGCGGGAACGGCCCCAGAAGACGGCCUCCAACUGCCACAUCACAGGGUGGGGGGACACAGGGCGAGCCUACUCCAGGACCCUGCAGCAGGCCGGCGUCCCCUUGCUGCCCAGGAGGGUGUGUGAAGAGCGCUACAAGGGCCGCUUCACCAGGAGGAUGCUCUGUGCCGGGAACCUCCGCGAGCACAGCCGUGUGGACAGCUGCCAGGGGGACAGCGGGGGGCCCCUCGUGUGCGAGCGGCCGGGAGCCAGCUGGGCUGUGUAUGGGGUGACCUCCUGGGGGCACGGCUGUGGGGUCAAGGAUUCACCUGGCGUGUAUACCAAAGUUUCGGCCUUUGUACCUUGGAUAAAAAGUGUCACCAAACUGUAA